AUGGCGGACGCCGAAAAAAACAACCUGUCCAUGCCGGAACCCCCGGCCAGGGCCAUUGUCGCAGACCAUGAGAUUAUCAUUGAUGACAUCUUUUCUGAAGAGGUCGCCAAAGAGGAGGUCGCCAAAGAGGUCCCCUCCAAUGGCCACGAGUCUCCCGACGAGACUGAUCUAGAGGCUCAGCCCACAGUGCCUCGACGGAAGCGGUUUGCACACUUCAGAUAUGCAGUGUUUACUGUUUAUCGACGGCUCUUCACUUUCGUAUUUUUCGCAAAUCUGGCUGUUUUCCUCUACGUGGUGAUUUCUGAUCGGAAGCUCCUCGCACUCGUGGAUGCGACGGCCGUCAACUUGGUGGCUUGCGGUCUCGCUCGACACCCGAUGAUGGUCAAUGCUAUUUAUAGAGUGGUGUGUUCGAUUCCUCGCACUGCACCGCUGUCUUUGCGUCGUAGGGCUGCCAAGGCAGCUCACUAUGGUGGUGUUCACAGUGGUUGUGGGACUGCAUCUUUGGUAUGGUAUAUUGGAUUUGUUGCCGUGUUGUCACAAAUGUAUUGGCAAAACAUUCCUAUCAGUUCAGUAACGGAUGCCUGCUUCUCGGCCGCACCAAUCGCCGUCGCCUACGUCACUCUUGUGCUACUUUUCGUGAUGGUAGUCGUGGCAUACCCAACCUUCCGCAGGAGGAUGCAUGAUUACUUUGAGCUCACUCACCGAUUCACCUCGUGGCUGAUUCUGGCGCUUUUCGUGGCCUUGGUCAUGAUAUUUGCCCAUGAAUCGAGUAAUGCGGCCCAGGAAAGUCUUGGCCACUUCCUCGUUACUCUUCCUGCAUUUUGGCUUUUAAUCGCGGCUAUCAUCGCUAUAGCCCAUCCAUGGCUGCUUUUGCGCAGGGUCCCUGUGCAGGCAGAGCCACUGUCUACGCAUGCUGUACGACUAUCUUUUGAUUUCACCCAAAUCAGCUUCGCGAAGGGUGUCCAGGUCUCCAAGCAUCCUUUACGCGAUUGGCACAGUUUUGCCGGCUUUCCAGAUCCCAUCCCGGUUGUUGAGAAUGCACCUGAGAAGAACACCCCUGGCAAGAAACCAUUUGUCAAGGGCCACGGGCAUAAGAGAAGCUGGUCUGUCGUGGUGUCAAAAGCAGGGGACUGGACCGCUGAUACCAUCAGUAAACCGCCAACCCAUCUCUGGAAGCGCGGGUCGCUGAUGCGUGGCGUCGGAUACGGUCUUCGUGUUUUCGACCGCAUUAUAAUAGUGACCACAGGGUCCGGGAUAGGACCAUGCCUCGGGUUCCUCGGCGACGAAAACCGACCCAAGAUCAAGGUCAUUUGGCAGACACGUGACCCGGUGAAGACCUAUGGCCAGAAUGUUCUUGAUCUCGUUCAUCAGAUGAGCCCAGACCCGAUUAUCUUCGAUACCAGUCUCGUUGGCCGUGUUGACAUGCUUCCUGUCAUUCGACAGCAAUUCAAGGACUUUAGAGCGGAGGCGGUGUUUGUGAUAAGCAACCCUGCGGUGACUCAAAGUAUUGUUUACGAGUUUGAAUCACAAGGGAUUCCAGCCUACGGGCCAAUUUUCGAUUCAUGA